UCAAACGCAGCAACUUGUUACAGCCUACCCACAUAAAAUUUCGGUCGAUCCACCACACCCAGCAAUGGCGUCCGCGCUCACCAACGUGAGCCUGUCUACCUUCGCGCCCACGGCCAGGGGCGACGUCCUCGCCAGGCCGCAGGUGGCCGCCGCCCGCGUCACCUUCCCGACGGCGUACCGCGGCAGCGGUGCCCUCUCCUGCAGGGCGGGCGGGCCGGCCACGCCGCCGGGCAUCUCCGACAAGAUGUCGGACAGCAUCAAGGAGGCCCAGGAGACGUGCUCGGAGGACGCCGCCAGCGGGGAGUGCGCGGCGGCGUGGGACGAGGUGGAGGAGCUCAGCGCCGCGGCCAGCCACGCCAGGGACAAGCUCAAGGACUCCGACCCGCUCGAGAACUACUGCAAGGAGAACCCCGAGACCGACGAGUGCCGCACCUACGACAGCUGAGCGUACGUGCUAAUCUGUUCUGGACGGCGGAUAGUGAAGGUGGACGUGGUGUUCUUGGCUCAUGGGAGCCCGAGAAACCUGCUAUGUCUCAACCUACCGUUCCUUACUCGAUCGGGAUGUAUGUAGUAAAUACUCCAAAUAUUUUCCCAGGGACAUACGUGGUUGAUACAAUUGAUAAUACAGACGUUUAUUUAAAGUUGUACUCCUAC